AAAAGAAAAGGCGACUCAAACACCAAACCGGGGGCGGAAAGGGCGCGUAAAUAUCCAAAUUGGCACCAAAAGUGCACCCAAGAGCGAGGCUCCUCUUUUAAGUAUCAGAUAGACUACACGGACAUAUCAGCGAAGGAGAAACUGCUCAGAAAUUCAGAAGGAGAAGGAGAAGAAGAAGAAGAAAUUGGUUUUGGGGGACACAGAAAUUCCAUUUAAUGCCGUGCUUUGGGCGUUAAUCGGAUACCUAGCUUGCCUCGCUCGGCACAGGAAAUAAAGAAAAGAAACGAUUUUUGUUUUUUAAUGCGUUAGGGCUAAAUUAGGUUUCAAUUUUGAUGGCUAUACCUGAAGGGUCCGAUGAAAUUCGUCUUCUCAUUGCGCCGGAUGAUAGCGUGCUUGGAAAUGGGGUUGGACGCUUGCUAUCACUUCGCCAUCCCAAAUGUGGAAAUGCAAUAUGCUAUCUGCUGUCCAAUGACGUGCUUCAAGAGAUUCAUUGGUUUAAGCAACCAUACACCUCUUGGUUUCUGGGGGAUUAUGUUACUGAAGAUGGCCGCCUAUAUACUGCCACCCCAGUUGAUCCCGUUUUCAUUUUGUUGCCCAUAUUUGAUGAAGCUAGAAUGAAGAAAGGAGAUGAUCUUGGAAAGUUUAGGCAAUUGGAUGAAAUAAUGUUAAUUGAUGACUAUCCUGGAUAUCAACAUUUAUUGUCCGUUGCAGAGAAUUCCAUGCAACUAGUCUGUGAAGUCAAAGAAAUUGGAUCCUCAAAAUUUUUUAGGCUUGACGAUUCCAAGGUUUUGGGUUGGUUGUAUCACAAGGUGUGUCGGCUAAAACAGACAUUACUAACUUUGGACAAAAACUAUGCCGCACAAGAUGAGAAAGAUACAUUAUCUGAUGCAGUUUCUAUAUUGAGUGAGUAUUUAAAGGAUGAUCCUUGGUUGAAGCAACUCUGUAGCUAUCUGAGGUUAAACUUAUUGGAGGUGACUAGGAAAGCAUCAGAAAUUGAACUUGUACCAAAUGCCGCAGAAAGUAACCAAGGUUUUACUGCCUCACAGGAUAAGAAAAAGGGUGGCAAUAAGACUACAAAAGCUGGAAGGCAAAAUAAGAAAGCAAAAGUGGAUACAGAAUCACAUAACAUUAAGGACAUGUUUACUAGAGCUUCAAGAAGGAAGAAAUAAAGAACGGAGUUUGUGAGUCUUAUUCUCUAUAAAGAAAAAAAAAAAAAAAA